AUUAUCACAUUUUGCACAUCAGGGGCUGUGCUUUUAUUUGCAUGGAGGUCGUUUUCAAAAAUUAGAGUUCGCGAUCUAAAUCUACCAUUGCGUGUGAUGGAAAGAAGUUUCGACCUGGGUUCUUGGGUGCAUCUUCAAAAGGAGUGGCUCAACUGAUCUCUACGCGGAGCUUUCUGCAGGCAAUGUUUUCAGUACAAAUGUUUCCUCGAGAGAGAUAGCACAGCGGAAAGCAAAGGUUAUAGAGGAGCGGAAAGCGACGAAAUUUUAAAAAAAAAUUCCACCUAUAAACUAGAAGCAAUAACAUCUGUACAUCUUUGGAAUGUGUGAAGGAACUGGAGUCUCCAGAGGAAAUCCACAAAAUCACAGGGAGAACAUACAAACUCUGCACAGGCAGCACUAAUGCUCAGAUUUAACGUUUCUUUAAGGAAGGGAUUAUCAUCAAAUAGGCUUGUGUGAUUGCUACCGACGGGAACAGCUUUGGACAGUGCGACAACACUAAAAGUAGCAAUGAUGUGCAUCUGUAUCCACCACAUGAUUGCUCGUCAUCUACAGAACUUAGGAAGAAGCAAUAUUGUUCACUUUUCAGCUCCUCAGUGGUCUCAUCACAUUCCAAACUUCUAUCCUCAUUGGAUGUCCAAUUGUUCUCCUUGGAUAAUUAAUCCAUAUGGUUUUGGAAGUUCUCGCCCCUUCCAUUGGACUCCAUAUUUCAACUGGAAUCCUUCUUUCCAUCAGAGACCACCAUUGUCCUUUUAUGGUGAUUCGUGGACAAGGGGUGGAUACGCACCACAAACUUUUAAUUCUUACACAAGUCGAUCAUCAGGUUGCUCUAUGGAGGCGAAUAUAGAUGCACCUCAAAGUAAACGGAGAAAGUGUGAUCCAGCAAAUAAGGAGGAACUUAACCUUUCAGAAUCAAAUGAAGCAAAUCAUGCAGCACAGGACAAAACUGACUCUGUUGCUCCUCAUGGCAUGGAAUUGGAAAACUUGCGUUGCUCCAACAUAGCCGAAAGUCAAGAAACUGGAGCUAUCAAAGUAGGGGCAGUACAUAGAACAUGGGAGGAUGUUACUUCAUUGUACAAGAGCAGCCAUGAUACUAGUGAAUCCAACGAAACCUCCGAUGGAAAACAAAGGGAAGCUUUUGAUUUUUCUGUCCUGUCGUAUAAUAUUCUGGCACAAGAUUUAUUGGAGGACAACAGUCACUUGUAUAGACAUUGCAGUCAACCAUUAUUGCAGUGGGGAUUCCGAUUUCCUAACAUCCUUAAGGAACUGAAACAGCUGGAUGCAGAUAUCAUGUGUUUACAAGAAGUUCAAGACAACCACUAUGGAAUGCAGCUGAAGCCAAUACUGGAAUCAUUAGGUUAUCAUUGUGAGUACAAAAUGCGGACAGGAAACAAACGAGAUGGCUGUGCCAUUUGUUUUAAACGUUCAAAGUUUUCACUCGUCUCUGCUAGCCCAGUGGAGUUUUAUCGUCCAGUGAUCCAGAUACUAGACAGAGACAAUAUUGGACUUGUGGUAUUAUUACAACCAACUCUUUCUCAGUCUGCUGCUCGCGUGUGUGUGGCAAACACUCAUCUCUUGUAUAAUCCACGUCGAGGGGACAUCAAGCUCACUCAGCUUGCAAUACUCCUGGCUGAAAUCAACAAACUGGCGUCUGAUGGGAAGGAUGGACACUGUCCAAUUAUUCUAUGUGGGGACUUCAACUCUGUCCCUGAUUCACCAUUGUACAAUUUCAUUCGGAAUGGGAAACUCAUUUACGCAGGACUUCAAAUAGGAAAGGUUUCAGGUCAGGAAACAGGUCACAGGGGCCAAAGAGCUUUGACAAACCCACUUUGGCCUCCAAGUCUUGGAAUUUCAUCAGAAUGUCAAUAUGAAACAAUGAAGGAUGCAGAGUGUCCUGUAGAUGGUCUGGACAAUUCAGAAAAGCCGAUGGCUGAUAUAAAGAAUUAUCCCAUGGAUCAACAGACUGCUUCUGCAAUUUGCCACAAAUUCAAACUACUUUCUGUGUACUCCCAUUAUCUACCUGGGAGCAAUAAAACAGAGGUCACCACUUGUCAUUCCAAAUCUGCUGUCACCGUGGACUAUAUAUUUUAUUCAGCAGCAAAACAUAAUGGAGCUGCAAUGUCAGGAGAAGAUGGUCACUUGCAGCUUCUUGGGAAACUUGCACUACUUACAGAACAGGAUCUUUGGACUGUAAAUAGAUUACCCAAUGAAAACAACUCAUCAGAUCAUCUCCCUUUGUUGGCCAAAUUCAGACAAACUUUGACAUGAAAGAAAGUUGCCAGUAAUUAUUUCCUUCUGUUCAGUAUUUGAUCAAAAUUUGUAUUUUAUGGGAUACAGCAUUUAUGUGUGUUUUUUGGGCUUUGAUAGAUUUCUGAAAGAUUUUAAAUAAAGUUUUUUUAAAUCUC